AUGAAGCGACUCUGCCAUAUCUCACUGAUGUUGUUCGUCAUCGAUCUGGAAAUGUUACGAUCGCAAACGACUGAUAGCGAUCUGUCUACUAUUGAAGAGUACGAGAGAGAUCGAUUUAGUGAUAACAAUAGUGAUAAAAAGACACUCAUCUUCUCAGAAUGGGGAAGGUGGAGUGCAUGCCAAGUCGGCCAUAAAACUAGGCGGCGACACUGCUUACGUCGGCAAGUUUGUGGAGAUUCCUUGCGAAUUGAAGUUUCUCGUUGCGGCGCGAGCGAGAUCCGAGGACAAUAUGAUAGCGAGAGAGGACAUCAAAUUAAGCGAGCUCACGUUGAAGUGGUAGGACUAAAGCAGUUAGACAGUGGAGACGUACAAAAGAGAUUUAUGGGUUUUUCUCCAUGGAGUAGUUGGAGCAAGUGUUCCAAAAAAUGUACGACAGUGAGAAAGAGGCACUGCCAAAAAUGGACAAUAUGUGGCCGAAAAGUGAUCAAACAGUCCGCGUAUUGUUAUUUGGAAGGCAGCUACUGCCAUCUGUGGAUUCGAGGGAAAAUGCAUCGACGGAGAGAUCAAGGUUUCAAUAAGGAGGUAGAAUCUCUACCAUCACCUAUACCAGCUAUCCACGCAGAAGAUUCUAGGUCUGUAUCAUCAGCAAAUUUGCCUUGUGGUAGACUGGGGAACUAUAAAGGUUCAAUAAAUAGAUUAAGAGCCCACAUGCAAGACAUGAUCCGAAUUAUCGGAGGAAGACCAGCUCUACCUGGGAAGUGGAUUUGGCAAGUUGCUGUACUUAACAGAUAUAAGGAAGCAUUUUGCGGCGGUACACUAAUAUCUCUCCGUUGGGUGGUAACAGCCGCGCACUGCGUCAGAAGGCGCCUUUACGUCCGCUUGGGCGAACACGAUCUUUUAGUUCGAAAUUAUGGAGAAGUGGAGAUGAGGGUCACCGAAGCCGUCAUACACCCGCAGUACGAUCCCGAUACUGUCGUUAAUGAUGUUGCCAUGUUGCGGUUACCUGCUCCCGCACGGCCAGACCUUGGUCAUGGUAUAGCCUGUCUCCCAAAUCCACAUCAGAUUUUAGCCCCCCAUACGACGUGCGUCAUUCUUGGAUGGGGGAAGAAGCGGUCAUCUGACGUACAUGGAACCAGGAUCCUUCAUGAAGCUCAGGUAUCCACAAUCCAGCAAGGUGUAUGUCGACGGUCGUACUGGCAAUAUGCAAUUACAGACAACAUGGUCUGCGCGGGUAGAGGGCGACGCGACUCUUGCGCAGGUGACUCGGGCGGUCCGCUACUUUGCAGAGAUAGAUCUAUGCGUUAUUAUUUACAGGGUAUAACGAGUUUCGGGGACGGCUGCGGAAAGCGCGGGAAAUAUGGAAUCUACACCAGAACAGCGAACUACGUGCCGUGGAUGCGAGCUGUCAUGAGCAACACAUACUUCGACGAUUGA